UUGUUAUCGAGCAUUAAUCGAGGAAAUCCGUAUUUGAUAGUGGCAGAUGUUCCAUGCGGCAGGAGCGAGAGACGAGAAGCAAGGAUUGUCGGAGGUCAGAAUGCGGCACCACGUGAAUUUCCAUGGCUCGUGAGCAUAACAAGAAAAGGAGGUCACUUUUGUGGUGGCGCCAUUGUAAACGACAAAUUUGUAUUAACAGCAGCGCACUGUCUAUGUUCCGGCACGAAUAAGAUUCCGGUAGGGCAGUUACGCGUCACUCUGGGCGAACACAAUUUAAAGGCUCCGGAAGUGCCAGCCGCAAGACACGAAAGCGUCAUAAACGCGGUGUUGCAUCCUGGUCACAGGUGCGGCAAGUAUGUGGAUGAUAUUGCUCUGCUAGAGCUUGCUAGACCGAUCAGUUGGUCGGAAAGCGUGAAACCCGCAUGUUUACCUGUGGCCACAGGCCAACCAGGGUAUAGCGCCUUCGGCGGUGUUGAAGCUAUAGUAGCCGGAUGGGGAUGGCUCGGGGAAGAUAGAAGCAAAUACAAGAGAGCAGACGUGCUGCAGAAAGUGGACGUUCGCGUGGUGGCGAACACUGUGUGUGGCGAGUGGUACGCGAGUCAGGGCAAAUCAAUCCAAAUUGGACCGAAGCAAAUGUGUGCUGGCUGGGAGGAAGGACUCAGGGACUCGUGCUGGGCUGACAGCGGCGGGCCUCUGAUGGUCGGAAGUCGCCCUGCUGGGCCCUUGAUGGUCAUCGGAGUAGUCUCAACCGGUAUCGGCUGCAGCAGACCACAACUCCCUGGCAUUUACGUGAGGGUCUCGGACUACGUUUCUUGGAUCACGCAAGAGGCACAAUCUAGUCGAUAAAUUACAACGCGGAAGAGAACGCAAAAACGAGAACGCAAAAACCGAUUUCACUAUUUUGACAAUUUCUGCUUCCAUAGAUGGAAAUUAUUAAGAUUUAUGUUACCAAUAUAUUUUAUUAUAUUUAUGAAAUAUGAGAAAGCUGGCUAAAAAUUAACAAAUGUGAUAAAUGUGAUUUGUCUGGAAUAGCGGAGGUAUUUAUGUUAUAACCACAUCAUUAUCAUAUUUAUUUUUAAAAGUUUAUUAUGCAAU